CCAAGUGACUGCCGUGGCAUUAUAAAUGCACAUAUUUGCAUAUUGCCGGCAUAGUCAGAGUUAACUGUCAAACCAGAUACACACACGUAGAGGGGACGUAUUUUUUUCCAAAAUAUCAUUUUUGGAAAAUGACUAUUCCCGAAAACCUUACAAGUGUGAAGAGUUCAGACAAGGAUCGAUAUGAACUGAUUACAGACCUAAAAAGGGAUAUGCCCUUACCCCUGGAGAAAAGCAUUAAGGGCGAGUCCGGCGGGGCAGAUUCUGGCUUCAGCUCCCGAAACAGUGUCUCAAAUCCCAGACAAGAUGAGGUGGAUGAAUCGAGGGAAACAGCGAGACUUGCCCUCGCGGUAGACGGUGAUGUUGCAAUGACAGAGGACAAGUCUAGUCGUACCUGUGACGAGAAUGCAGUCGGAUGUCAAGCAAGCCGGGUACCUAUUGGCGUCCUGAAGGUUUUGGGCAUUGUCUGCCUUCUGUACUCAUUCAUCUGCUCGCUAGAUCUCCUUGGCAACGCUUUUCAGCUGCUAGGAGGCAAAGCUGCAGGGGAAGUUUUCUCCCAGAGCGACCUCCUGUUGAACCCGAUUACGGGGUUGAUGAUGGGGAUCCUGGCCACGGUGUUGCUGCAGAGCUCGUCGACGUCCACGUCCAUCAUUAUCACGAUGGUGUCGUCAGGAAUCAUUGAUGUACAACCUGCUAUCCCCAUCGUCAUGGGCUGCAACAUCGGCACGACAGUGACCAACACCCUUGUAUCUCUGGCCCAUUCCAGCAAAGGGAAGGAGUUUGAGAGAGCUUUCUCUGGAGCCACCGUACACGAUGUCUUCAAUUGGCUCACGGUGCUGAUAUUGCUGCCUCUGGAGGCCUCAACUCAUAUGCUGUACCGCCUGACUGACGUCAUCGUCUCCAGCGGGGACUUCAGCAGCAUGAAGAGCAAAAAGCAGGAUCUGCUGAAGAAACUGACGAAGCCUCUUACAAAGAUGGUUGUGCAGAUUGACAAGAAGGUGAUCACACUGAUUGCCGAGAACAACCCUGAGGGCAAUGGCAAGAGAAUACUCAAGACUUUUUGUACAAGUGAGGUGCUUGUUAACGCCACUGACGGCAACAACGUCACUGAGACGUGCGACAACACAUUCCAUGCUGUGAUAAACCACUUCCACGCCUCACUGAACGACACGAUGGCCGGUGCCAUCCUCCUGAUCUUCUCUAUCGUACUGCUGACGAUCUGCCUAGUCUGCAUUGUCAAGCUACUCAACUCCAUGCUGAAAGACAAGAUCACAAUCUGGCUAAAGAGGGUCAUCAACGCCAAAUUACCAUUCCCGAUUGCCUGGUUCACCGGCUAUCUCGUCAUCCUGAUUGGAGCAGGCCUCACGAUUCUCGUCCAAUCAAGUUCCGUAUUCACAUCUGCUCUCACCCCAUUGGUGGGUGUAGGAUGUCUGAAACUUCGCAGAAUGUAUCCACUGACCCUGGGUUCUAACAUAGGAACCACCGCAACUGGCAUUCUUGCUGCCCUGGCCGCUCCUUCGAAUAAGCUUGGGGUAGCAUUGCAACUGGCACUUUGUCACCUGUUUUUCAACAUCUGUGGUAUUGCGUUAUUUUAUCCUAUUCACCCAAUGCGUAAAAUCCCAAUCAACGCAGCCAAAUAUUUAGGAAAAACAACAAACAAGUACAGGUGGUUUGCUGUUUUUUAUUUAGUUGUUUUAUUUUUCCUUAUGCCGGGAUUUUUCUUUGCCUUGUCCCUAGCAGGUACCUUACCAUUUAUAAUAGUUGUACCCAUCAUCGCUUCUGUUGGUUUAUUUGUUGUCGUUGUAAAUGUUAUUCAAAGUAAACGUAAAACUCUUUUGCCAAAGCGUCUCCAAACUUGGGACUGGCUUCCUAAAUGUUUGAGAUCAUUGGAACCAUUAGAUAAAAUUAUUAAUAAAAUAGUCCGCGUAUUUUCAAAAUGUUCUGGUAGGAAAUGUUGUUUGGACGAGAGUCAGUCUGAUGUUGAGAGUCAGAAUGCAAGUGAAGUAUCCAUUGACGACGACGAUGAUGAUGAUGAUGACGAUGAUGCUGUUGAGGAAGAUGAAUGCACGGAACUAUUUAAUAAAUUGUGUUGCCAGAGCAAGAAGACCCACAUGCCAGCAAAUCAAGAUGAAGGAUUUGAAGAACCUUUAAAACAGAACAUUCACCAAAUCAGUCAUACACGUAAGCCCAUUUAUACCCCUCCGGGUAAGAAGAAGAACAUGGGAAGAUUGUGCUUUAAUCCCACGAAUAAUUCCCCCUCGUCCACACCUUUAUUGCAUGAGGUUACCAAAGUGUAGUCAGGAAGGUGAAGAUGGCGGUACUCUGUGGCUUCAAUCUGCUCUCAGGUAGUUCUGGUGAGAUGAGCUUGGAAGGUUCUAACGGUUCUUGAGCAGGUUUGAGAUAAUGAAGGAUAAAUUGGUGUUCAGGUUUCAUUUCCGGACUACAGGCUAGGCCGAACAAAUAUGCAAAACCGGUUGUAAGCUAUAUUAGCUAAGGUAAAACAUUCGUCGUUCAUACUGAACUUUCUUUGUUCCAUAUGUUAUGGGUAUAAUUGGUAAAUGCUAUUGUAAUUAAGAAAGAAACACAGUCACAAUUCUCAUGAUUUUUUUAAAAAAAGAAGAUUU